GUGUGACGCCAGCGAGGAUGUCUUAUGAGGACGUCUGCAGCUGUUUAAAUAGCGUCCUCACAACGACGCAUCAAGUGCCAAAUCACACCUUACCAACGGAUUUUCUUCAGGCUUUGUAGCUGAAAUUAUGGCUGCAAAAGAAUUUAAGGAGUUUACCCUCGAAGAGGUUGCACAGCAUAACAAACCCGGCGAUCUGUGGGUCGUCAUCGACUCGAAGGUGUACGACCUGACGCGAUUCAAGGACCUCCACCCUGGAGGCAUAGCCGUGCUUAUUGAUGAAGAAGUCGCCGGGAAGGAUGCCACAGACACUUUCUAUGGGCUUCACCGGCAUGAGGUGUUGGAGCGUCCACAGUACAAACGUCUCCAGGUUGGCACAAUCAAAGCGCAGAAAAGUGUCAUAUUCGGUCGCAAGAUUGGUGAACUGAGUCAAGUGCCUUAUGCCGAACCCACUUGGCUUUCUCCAGGAUAUCACAGUCCGUACUACUCAGACAAUCAUCGACAGUUCCAGAAGGCUGUCAGGCUGUUCAUAGAUGAAGUCGUAUAUCCCGAUGCUCAGGCUCGGGAGGAAGACGGAAAACGACCGAGUCAGGUCGUCUUUGACAAAAUGGCGGAAAUGAACUUGCAUGCAAUGCGACUUGGUCCUGGCAAACAUCUCAAGGGCCGUGUGUUGAUGGGUGGUAUCGUCAAACCAGAAGAGUUUGAUUACUUCCAUGAGUUGAUUAUCACACAGGAGCUUGUGAGAUGCGGUGCACGAGGUUAUGGCGAUGGCAUGCUCGGCGGGCAAGUCAUCGGUCUGCCUCCAGUACUCAACUUCGGCUCUCCAGAGCUUCAGGCUCGCAUCGUACCAGAUAUUUUGACUGGCAAGAAGUUCAUUUGCCUCGCCAUCUCCGAGGCAGCGGCCGGCAGCGAUGUCAUGGGACUUCAAACGACAGCUGUACUAAGUGAAGACGGCAAGGAGUGGAUUAUCAACGGAACAAAGAAGUGGAUUACCAAUGGCACCUUCACGGUGGGAUGCAGAACCGAUGAUGGGCUCACCGUCAUAUUGGUCGAGCGUGGCCCCGGCGUCGAGACGCGCCAAAUCAAGACAAGUUAUUCUACUGCUGCAGGAACGGCAUACAUCACCUUUGACAACGUCCGGGUGCCGAUUGGUAACACUCUAGGAGAAGUUGGUGGUGGUAUCUUCGUUAUCCUUAGCAACUUCAACCACGAGCGAUGGGUCAUGUGCUGCAGCUCAGCAAGAGCUCAGCGCACAAUGAUUGAAGAAUGUCUGAAGUGGGCAACACAACGGAAGGCAUUUGGAAAGCCACUCGUCUCACAGCCGGUCAUCCGUGCUAAGAUCGCAGCGAUGAUCGAACGGACUGAGAGCGUGCAGAGCUGGCUAGAGAACAUCACAUAUCAGAUGACACAUAUGGUUAAUAGGCCGAUAGCAUUUUUGAAGAGCUACAGCACACGGUGCGCACAAGAUACCGCUCGGGACGCUGUUCAAGUCUUUGGUGGCCGCGGCAUCACCAAGACAGGCAUGGGCAAAUUUGUCGAGCAUUACUACCGCACCGUCACGUUUGAUUCCCUUCUCGGAGGAGCCGAAGACGUCUUGGCCGAUCUUGGUGUGCGACAAGCAAUAAGAGCAAUGCCAAAGAAUGCCAGACUGUAGUCACCACGCACUGACUCC